UACAUAUAAAUUUCUCUCUCUUCAUUACUAGGACUAGGAGGAGAGCUUGGAAUCAGGAAGAGCUCUUUUAACGAUGGUGACACCUACUACCACUAGUGCCAAUGUUAUUUCCAUGUCUCUCUUUCUCCAUGCUUUUCCUUCUUAGCUUUGUUUCUGUACAACCCCUUUAAUUUCUUGUCACACACUAAGCUAAUAACAAGGUAGAAAAAUGAAGAGAAAUACGUGUAAGCAAGACACCAUUUCCCCCCCUUUGCUACUGGUGGUGAUCGUGGCAGUGUUUUUCAUCUCAUCUCUUGUUGUUGUUGUUGAAGCAAACACUGAUCCUAAUGAUUUACAAGCUCUUCAGGUCUUGUAUAGUUCAUUGAAUAGUCCUUCGCAACUCACUAAUUGGAAGUCUAAUGGUGGUGAUCCCUGUAACGAGUCGUGGAAAGGAAUCAGCUGUCACGGAACUUCUGUUGUUUCAAUUCAAAUUUCCAAUUUGGGACUCAAUGGAACAUUGGGAUACAUGCUCAAUGGUCUUACCUCGUUAAAGAACUUGGAUAUGAGCGGCAACAACAUUCAUGAUUUUAUUCCAUAUCAGCUUCCACCCAAUCUCACCAGCCUGAAUCUUGCAAAGAACAAUAUAAGUGGCAACAUUCCUUAUUCUAUUGCUGGCAUGGUUACACUUAAUUAUCUGAAUCUUAGCCGUAAUUCACUCUCUCAAACAAUUGGAGAUGUGUUCACCAAUCACUCCGACCUGGCAACCUUGGAUUUGUCUUCGAAUAACUUUUCUGGAGAUCUCCCUCCUUCAUUCAGUUUGUUGACAAAUCUUUCCACACUCCAUCUGCAAAACAAUCAGCUCAGUGGUACUCUCAAUAUCCUGGUUGGUUUACCUUUGAAUAAUUUAAAUGUUGCAAAGAAUCAUUUUAAUGGAUGGAUCCCAAAUGAACUCCUAUCUAUCCCUAACUUCGUAUACGAUGGAAAUUCUUUUGCAAACGGUCCAGCUCCUCCUCCACCACCAUACACUCCACCUCCUCCUGGCAGAUCUCGCAACAACCGUAACCGCUCUCCUCCUCGUUCACGUACAAGACCAGGUUCUAAUCCUGAAAAUGGCGAUAAAAAGAAGGGAUUGACAACUGGAGCUAUCAUUGGCAUAGUUAUUGGAUCUUCUCUAGCAGUUCUUUUUGCUUUGUUAGCACUUCUAUUUUGCUUCCGGAGGGGCAAGGGCAAGGAAAUUGCUGCUAGACCCUCUCCAGGAAGUCUUCCAGUUAACACAGAUAAAGUGAAUAUGGAGGUACAAGAGCAAAGGGCAAAGCCUGCGGCUGCUGUAGCUGACUUGAAGCCCCCACCUACAGAGAAGGUGACAGUUGAAAGGAUACAAGGGAAGAAUGGAUCUGUAAGGAGAGUGAAGUCCCCGAUAACUGCAACUUCUUAUACUGUUGCUGCUCUGCAAACAUCAACAAACAGCUUCAGUCAAGAAAAUCUCAUUGGUGAAGGAUCUCUCGGGCGUGUUUAUAGGGCAGAGUUUCCUAACGGGAAGAUAAUGGCCAUCAAAAAGAUUGACAGUGCAGCAUUGUCGCUGCAGGAGGAAGACAACUUUCUUGAAGCUGUCUCAAAUAUGUCAAGGCUGAGACACCAAAACAUAGUUGCAUUGAUAGGAUACUGUGCCGAGCAUGGUCAGCGUCUUCUAGUUUAUGACUAUGUCGCAAAUGGUAGCUUGCAUGAUAUGCUGCACUUUGCUGAUGAGAGGAGCACAUUGCUUACUUGGAAUGCCCGGGUUAGAGUAGCACUUGGCACUGCUCGAGCUUUAGAGUACUUGCAUGAAGUUUGUCUACCUUCUGUUGUACAUAGAAAUUUCAAAUCCGCAAAUAUUUUACUAGACGAAGAGCUCAAUCCUCAUUUAUCAGAUUGUGGGUUAGCAGCUUUGAAUCCAAACACAGAGCGCCCGGUUUCAUCCACACAGAUGGUUGGUUCAUUUGGUUAUAGCGCUCCGGAAUUUGCUUUAUCUGGAAUAUAUACUGUAAAAAGUGAUGUAUACAGUUUCGGCGUGGUAAUGUUGGAGUUGCUGACAGGAAGGAAGCCACUUGAUAGUUCAAGAAUGAGAUCGGAACAGUCACUUGUGAGAUGGGCUACGCCUCAACUCCAUGAUAUAGAUGCCUUAUCAAAAAUGGUUGAUCCUGCACUAAAUGGCAUGUAUCCUGCAAAGUCUUUGUCCCGAUUUGCUGAUAUUAUUGCACUUUGUGUUCAGCCUGAACCUGAAUUUCGACCCCCAAUGUCUGAAGUUGUGCAAGCACUGGUCCGAUUAAUGCAAAGGGCGAGUGUGGUGAAAAGGCGAUCCAGUGAUGAAUCAGCUUUCACGUACAAGACUCCAGAUCAUGAAACAGUUGACAUGCCAUAAUAGAAAUUUACAUGAUGAAGCAGCCUUUGCAAUUUUGUAAGUAACUUCUGCAAAGGUCAAGGAUAACUAUGGCGGAUAAAAUUCGGAGGUGUCAAUACGAGACACAUUAAAAAUGUAAUUAUUUUUCACAUCUUUUCAAUUUAAAAAAGGUUCUUUCCAUCCCAAUUUGAGGUACAUAAUCCACUGACAUUGUCCUUCAGAGUGUAUUUACAACCAUCUUGGCAUAAUGGAUAUAUGUCAAGAUCAUUAUUGUCAAUAAGAACGCUAAAGCAAAUUAUCAUUCUAUGUUGUUUAUAUUAUUACAGUUUUUCGAACA